AUGGACCUGGAAGAAUCAAUAGAGAAGCAAUAUAAGGCCAUGAUGGACCUGAAAGAAUCAGUAGGGAAUCAAAACGACAUUGUUCUGAGGUUGACAGCACCGUUAAUCAACGUCAUCCUCAGUAUUAUCGCCGCCAGUUCUCCCGGAGACACAGACACCGCAGACAAGAUUGUCUCUUUACUUCAGGCUUCUUCAACCGAUAAGCUUCACGCUGUAUCCUCCGAGAUCGUCACCACCGUCCUCGCCGACAGCACCGCGAGUGGCGGCCCGACGAUAUCGGCAGCGAAUGGCUUGUGGAUCGAAAAGACUCUCAAUGUGGAACCUUCUUUCAAGGAUCUCUUGCUGAAUUCGUACAAAGCUGCUUUCAAUCGAGUUGACUUUCGCACCAAGGCUGAUGAAGUGAAUAGAGAGGUGAAUUCAUGGGUUGAAAAGCAGACAAAUGGACUCAUCACUAAUCUUCUUCCAUCAAACCCUAAAUCUGCUCCUUUGACUGAUCACAUAUUUGCUAAUGCCUUGUUCUUCAACGGAAGAUGGGAUAGUCAAUUCGAUCCAUCUCUAACAAAAGAUUCCGACUUUCACCUUCUUGAUGGAACCAAAGUACGUGUGCCCUUCAUGACUGGUGCCUCCUGCAGAUACACACAUGUUUACGAAGGUUUCAAAGUCAUCAAUCUACAGUACAGAAGAGGACGCGAAGACAGUCGUAGUUUCUCAAUGCAAAUCUAUCUCCCUGAUGAGAAAGAUGGGUUGCCUUCAAUGUUGGAGAGAUUAGCUUCUACUCGUGGAUUCUUGAAGGACAACGAGGUCCUUCCUAGCCACUCGGCGGUUAUCAAAGAACUCAAGAUUCCAAGGUUUAAAUUUGAUUUUGCUUUCGAAGCCUCGGAAGCUCUCAAGGGUUUUGGUUUGGUGGUGCCAUUGUCCAUGAUCAUGCACAAGUCUUGUAUCGAGGUCGAUGAAGUGGGAUCGAAAGCUGCAGCUGCUGCCGCAUUCAGAGGAAUUGGUUGUCGACGUCCUCCGCCAGAGAAGCAUGACUUCGUGGCUGAUCAUCCUUUUCUCUUCAUCGUCAAAGAGUACAGAAGCGGACUUGUUUUGUUCCUUGGUCAAGUCAUGGAUCCUUCUAAGCAUUAA